AAAAUAACUUAAUAUUACCAUGGAUAAUGAUUUAGCAUCCCUACAAAAUUGUACAACUGACUCGACUUCAUCGGUGCAAUCGGAAGUACCGCCGAAGAUAAUAUCGAAGAAGGAAAAGGAACUUAUAGCCAAUAAAGACAUUAUAGAUCACGAUGAAUCGCCGAAGUGCUCGAAUAUCAUCACAUCCACCAGUACUUCAUCUUCUACUACAAUCUCAAUUGGCGCCUUCAAUUCAAAUACCCAAUUCCAAAGAGCAUCUGGCCAUGAGCCGCCACACAUUGGCUACGAGCUGAGCGUGGCCAAGUCUAUCUUGCAGCAAUACAGCACAUUGAGCGGAGAUAACCUAUUCGAUCAUUUGAGUGACAUAGUAAAGCGCGUCGUUGACGAACGUCCUCCGAAUGUUAUUGAUUUCUUUGAAGAGUUCAGUCGAAAUGUACGCGAGCAGAAAUUCCAUGUGCCGGAACGCUUUCCGCCCAACGCCGUCUUUGCCGACUGUCGCAUGUUCCGUCCCGCAAAGCGCAUAUUGCACUCAAUAAAGCUACCACAUAAUGCUGAAGGCUCUGACCUCGGCGGGGAUGAGGACUUUGGCGAAGAGGCGUACACAUACGCCGAUGGGGAGCUGCAAAUAGACCUUGACGAUAGUAUGCGCUUGUUCGUAUCCUUCAAUGAACGUGUCGAGCAGCUGCAGUUCUUUUGGAACCAGUGCGGCUUUACAAUCAGCAAAGACGAUAUUUUCCAAUUGGCAAGCUCUAUUAACCGACUGCAGACCCAUCCGUCCAUAAUGCAAUGUCGAUUUUGGGGCUGCAUUAAUGGCUUGAAGGCCUCGUACUACAUUGUGGAAGCCUCUCUCACUAGAGAGGAGAUUAGCUCACGCCUGACAAUGAUGGAGGAGGAAAUGCGCGAAAUGCAACUGCCUUUCAAGAUGAGAAAGAAUCAAGAGCCGAAUCCUUUGCCCACACAUAUAGGUCCAGAGCUAACUCCAGGAGUUUAUGGAUGGGAGAAUUUUUCACCCGAGGACUUGGAGAAAAUGACACCAAAAGCUCCGCCAGUGCCCUUGGCAGAGGAAAUUGAGUUCUACGACAUUCCACCGGAAUUUGUGGGACUGGGCUGCAAUCGAUACUCAUACUUUGUCGUCAACAACCUCUAUGAUGAUUGGAUUGAAUUACCCAUUGUGACACCUCGGCAAAUUGUUGUUUCUCGUCAAAUCAAGAAGUUCUUCACUGGCGACUUGGAGUCUAGUAUCGUAUCGUAUCCAUGCUUUCCCGGCAAAGAAAAACAUUAUUUACGUGCCAUAAUUGCUCGUAUUACGGCUAGCACACAUAUCGCACCGCAAGGUUAUUAUAGGCGCAUGACUAAGAAGGAAAAAGAUCUAUUUGAUGGCGUCAACGUGGACGACGAGGAGGAGGAGCAAGAGGAGGAAGAAAAUUACAAUGAAGGCGAAGAAGAUUCAAUUCAAGGUAAUCUACUCGAAUCGAUCUCAUCUUCUACUUGA